AUGCGUAGCGAAGAGCCUAGCGCAUCGUCUUCUGUUGUGCGUGGCCUGAACUUGUUCAGGUCGACGGAGCGCAUCAACCAGAUCGAUCAAGUACGAGCCUAUGGGAUUGGAGAUGUUGUUUCUCUACCCCAGCUGGUGGUCUGUGGCGACCAGUCGGCCGGCAAGAGCUCGGUCCUGGAGAGCGUCACUGGCAUCCCGUUCCCAAGGAAGAGUGGACUUUGUACGAGGUUCCCCACUGAAAUCAUCCUUCGGCACGACUCCACGGCUACGCGUGUUAUGGCCACUAUUCACCCUCACGCCUCCAGACCACAGGAAAAGAGAGAUGCCCUUCUACAAUACCGCCGUGUGCUAACAGACAUGUCGGAACUCCCUGAUGUUAUUGAGCAGGUGUCCGUAUUGAUGGAGAUCCGUGGGUAUGCGGACCAGAGUCUCGGGAACGCGUUUGCGUUUGAUGUCUUGCGGAUUGAAUUUGUGGGCCAGACAAACCUCAAUCUGACCAUCGUCGAUCUACCUGGACUGAUCUCUGUGGCAAACGAAGAGCAAACCGAAGAAGACAUCCAGCUGGUCAAAGACAUGGUCAAAGGCUAUGUUCAAAGUUCUCGCACGAUUGUGCUAGCAGUGGUGCAAGCCACCAACGACAUCGCCAACCAGGUCAUCAUCCAGCUUGCGCGACAGUACGACCCGGAAGGUCAGAGGACGCCGUCCGAGAUUGAAGAGGGUAUCAAACCUGAGCAGCGGUCACAGAGGGAGCUGAGAUUUUUCUCGGAGCCCGUUUGGAAGCAGCAUCUCGAUAUGAGUCGUGUAGGGGCCGAGAAUCUGAAGCUGUUUCUGCAGGACCUCCUGGACGCCCUCAUCGAGAAGGAAAUGCCCCAGGUGGUUGAAGAUAUUCGGAAGGUCCUGCGCACCAUAGAGGAGAGCUUGACGCGACUUGGCCAAGCCCGUCCCACUGUCGGGCACAUCCGCAUUUUUCUAACGCAAGUUAAAACCAGCUUUGCCCAGCCAGCGUCGCGGUCCGCGUUUGGGGUAGAGGAAUCUCUUGAUUCUGAUGCUCCAGCUCCCCGCCUAGGGGAUCCAACAUGUUGA